AUGUUAACAAGCUCCGGCCUUGACCUUGAGUCUCAGCAAACUGUGUUGCUAACGCCCAGAAAUCCUCCAAGAGAGCGUUGGCGCCGUGCAGUUUUUUUGAGCUUGCAUGAGCGAAAUCUCAUACAUAGAGCUGAUGACAGAGGUUCUCUUGCUUUCCUCAGAUCUCUUUCAUCGUGCACUUCCUACUACAGUGCCUUUACCAGCUUCAACGAUGAUACAAGAGAAGCAGAUAUUGUGGAAAUUUUAACUGAAUCACCUGAAAGUGUAAAUUUGGAUGGUGAGAAUGACAACUGUAUCAGAGAUGCAGAAGUACAACUCCAGCAAGCAAACAUUGCUAAGAUGGUAAAGGAGAAAGAUUUGGAUUCCAUACACAAGUUUGGAGGCAUCCAAGGAAUUGCAGAGGCUUUGGGUACUGAUUUAAAGAUGGGAAUCAGCCUUGCUAAUGUGCAAGAUGUGCGCUCUCGAGGCAUACCUUGCACACUGUCCACAACACAAACUAGUGCACUAGGCUUCCUUCAAUUUCUCCCAAAAUCAUGCAAUAAUUACACCAUUUUGCUUCUCUUCGCGUGUGCGGUGCUGUCACUUGGCUUUGGUGUCAAGGAGGAAGGCCUGAGAACUGGUUGGUAUGAAGGGGUCAUCAUAAUUCUUGCCAUCAUCAUACUUGUGGUCAUUGAUUCACUGCGUAAUCAGCGUCGACUUAAACAUUCCCAAAGGAUGUCAGGGAAGCAUAAACCAUUUGAAUUGCAGAGAAUGAUGGUUGAUGUUAUUAGAGGGGGACGUUUACACAAAGUAAUCAUUGGCGAUGUUUUGAUUGGUGACCUAGUACGCCUAGAGAGGGACUAUAUCGUCCCUGCCGAUGGUUUGUUCACUGGCCAAUCCUUAAAACUGGAUGAUGAUUUAGAGUCCACCAUUAAUGAGGAGAACCCUUUUUUGUUCUAUGGUGCAAAGGUGAUUGAUGGAAAGGGUUGCAUGCUAGUUGCAUCAGUGGGCAUGAACACUAGAUUGGGUGAUUUGAUGAAGCAGGUUACCCCUGUCCCCGAAAAGACCCCAUUACCAGCGCAAAUUGACAAGGUGAACAAAGGCACACAAAUUUUUGGUCUUUCAAUAUCUAUCCUCAUCCUUGUAGUGUUAUUCCUCCGUUUUAUGCUUCUGAAGGAAGAUAUUAAGUCUAGCCUCCCAGACCUCAAGGAGAAACCAAAGGCAAUCAAAGAGAUAAUGGAUGCGAUUGAUAAAAUUGUGAUGAAACCAAAUGGAAAGAUUAGUACCUUAACGACUUCACUUGCUACGUUGCUGGUUGGUGUAAUGGAAGGAAUACCUUUUGUAAUCACGCUUGCCAUCUCUUAUUGGAAUAAGAAGAUGAUGUCUGAAGACUCUGAACAGGCAUCUGCUCAAGAACCUUUUGCUUGCCUCACCAUGAGUUCAGUCACAAGUAUUUGUAUUAAUACAACAGGUUUGUGUAUGCCAACACUAAACUCGGUGCCGGUUGGAAGGGAAAUAGGAGCUUUGAAAAAUGCUGGAUUUAACAUCACUCUGGUUUCAGAAGAUAAUGUGUCAGUGUUGGAAACCAUAGCUCUCAAGUGUGGACUACUUCCCUGCUCAAAUGCAAUGGUGCUUGAAGGUGAAGAAUUUCGGAAAUUCAGCAAUGAAGAGAGGAUGAAUAAAGUUGAUCAAAUCAUGUUGAUAGGAAGCUCAAUCCCAUCUGACCAGCUCACUUUAGUGCAAUGUUUGAAGAAAAAAGGCCAUAUAGUAGCAAUGGUGGGAGUAAAAACAAAUGCGAUUCCAGCACUAAAAGAAGCUGAUGUGGGGAUUACUACGAGGAUUUGUAGCACUGAAAUGGCUAGAGCAAGUUCCGGCAUCAUCAUUGGUGAUGAAAAUCUCAGUUUCUUGGUCACCAUUUUAAGGUUUGGAAGAUGUACUUUCGAGAAUAUUCAGAAGUACAUCCAACUGGAGCUCACCAUGAAUAUAGCAGGGCUGUUGAUAACCACUAUCACAACAAUGUUUUGUGGAUAUUCUCCAAUUACGUCUAUCCAAUUGCUAUGGGCAAACUUUGUUGUGUCACUUCUUGGUGGCAUUGGAUUAUUGACCGAGCCACCAACAGAGGAACUGAUGGAAAAGCUGCCAUUGAAACAAACUAAACCGCUUAUCACCAAGGCCAUGUGGAGAAACAUUGUGUCUCAAGCUCUCUAUCAAGUUACCAUCUCAGUGGCAUUCCAAUUCAAAGGGCAAACUAUCCCGGGUAUUAGCAAUAAGGUUAGUAAAACCAUUAUCUUUAAUAGUUUUGUUCUCUGCCAAGUAUUUAACCAAGUAAAUGCAAGGGAAUUGGAGAAGAAGAAUGUGUUUAAGAGCAUUCAUCGGAACCCAUUGCUUUGGGUUUCUGUGGGUGUCAUUCUCAUACUGCAGGCGGCUUUUAUUGAGAUUGCACAUAUUAUCGUAGGCAAUGCAAGAUUGAAUUGGGUGCAGUGGUUUAGUUGUCUUCUUGCUGGGAUGGUUUCAUGGGCUAGUGAUUGGGUUACAAAGAGCACGGCUGAGUUAUGGAAUUGCUUGACUAGACUACUUGGCUCACAUCUAAGAACUAUUAAUAUCCCUCGUAAUUCCACUUCUAACCUUCAGCUGCCACUCACCCAUCCUUAGCUUAUACUAAUUUCCAUUUUUAGUAUAAGCAAAAUGAACAACAAAGAAUGAGAGCAGAAAUUUGUUUCUUAACUUGGUGAAGUGUUUUGUUACAUAAUUGUCUGUCUGAUUAGAGGAAACCAUUUCAUGUUUUUUAGCAUUAUCUUCCCUAAUUGUACAGGUAGUAUACUUUUGUCUUUUAUAAAAUCUUUUGGCAG